AUGGCUUCUCCUGCUUCGUUUCUCUUUGCAUUUUUGGCUUUCUUCAGCCUGAUGAUGUACAGUUGUCUUCUCUGCUGCAGCGCGGAUCCUACUGAUGGCUUUACUUCGGUGCCAUUAAGCCAAGCGAAUUUGGUUCUUCAGUGGCCUUAUAAUGCGCAGUUGAAUGAUCGCUACAGCUUCGUUAAUGGAGUUCAUAAGGCGUGGCUGUAUUCUACAGAUAAAUCAUUUAAGCCUGGCAGCUCUACAGAACCCCGUACUGAGAUCCGUAUCAAAAUGCCAUUUUUUUCUUUCCCUCACAGAACGAUUCCCAAUGUCCGAUCCUUGUGGCUCCAAACCCUCGUCCCCGGCCGCCUUUCUUCCUCAACAAGCCGUGCUGGUAAUCUCCAUCUUCAACUCCCUUCUCAUGUUCUCGCCCCCAAUGGUGUAGCUCGGUCGUCUUCCUCUUCUUUCAGAAUGGGAACCCCCGGUCUUCUUCUAAUUCUCCUCCUCCUUUCCUUCACCACACCUCCAGCCGCCGCCGACACGGUGGUCCUCGACGACAUCGCUGACCGGAGAACAGUCACCAUUCAAAUCGGAGACUCUCUUUUAUUCAAAAGCAGAGAUCUCCAGAAUCUUUAUCUCUUUCACAACGGAAGGGCGUUAGAUCUCUGCAAUUUUGCCGAUGCAUCCUUAGUUUACCACGGCAAAUCUACCCAGUUCAAGUGGACUCCACCCCAGCCGGGCCGCUACUACUUCUCCAUCAAGGAUGAGUUUGCUACGAGCUGUGAGAAGGGGGAGAAACUGCUCGUUAGGGUUCUAUUCCAUGAGCUGAUCUCUCCUGCUCUGUCACCGGAGGUGGCGCCACCACCUACUGCAGGAGGAGAUCUCCCAUCUACUCCUCACAGGGGCUGGUGGGCUGCCGCGCCUCUGAGCUUGGCGCCAGAGGCCUCCCCGCUGGAGCCGGGGGUGGGAUCUGCGACGGCCACGCCUCCACCGGAAGCUGGUGAAGGAAUGCCAUUCAUUAGCAGCAACCCGGUGAUUCCACUGCCAACGGGGGAGACUGAUACAGCCGCACUCCGGCCGCUGCUGCCCCCCAGCCAGGGAGCUCAUCAGGUGGUGGGACAGGCGGCCUCGCUGGAAAUUGGUGUGGUGUUGGUGGCGAUAGCAGCACUAACGCCAAGUGCUUUUAUGUUCUUGUUGUGGAUCUGAAAGGGUAAGAGGACUUGGUUCGCCUCUCUUUUGUACGUUUCUAAAUGCCAUGAUGUAGAAGGUUUUGUUUUUUUUUUCUAUUUCCUAUUUGAAAUUUAGGACUGUCUUGAAUCUCCUAGCAUGAUUGUUGUUAUUAUCAACUAUGUAAAAUAUUACAGCAGUAGAAUUGUGCUAAACUUAGCCUCCCCAAGAGGUUGAAUCCAAAAAACUUUACAUUGAUGUGGGGCUUUGAGAAUAUUUUUGAC